CUGAAAGCUGCCUCUCAAGGAUUACAAGUUCACCUUUUGCAUUUACAGCUGCUUGUUUACUAUCCAUGUGGUAACCUCUGGACAGGCAGUAAUCCAUUCAUUAUCCCACUGAUUGAGUGCGGGAGCAGUGCAGUGCUAACUACUUCACUCAGCUGACGGCAGACAACAGAAGGAGGAAAAUGAUGAAUUCGGACAAUUUAACCUCCCAAAGCUUCCUCUCUGCGAUUCACAGCAACACCAGCAAUUUAUUCUCAGGGCUCCAGUUUGUCCAGUCCUUCAAGCCACUCAUCAUCCCCUGCUACUCGCUGGUGGUUUUUAUUGGUGUCAUUGGGAAUUACCUUCUCAUUUAUGUCAUCUGCAAGACAAAAAAAAUGCACAACGUCACCAACUUUCUGGUAGGCAAUCUGGCUUUCUCAGACAUGCUCAUGUGUGCAACCUGUGUGCCCCUGACCCUGGCCUAUGCCUUUGAGCCCCGGGGAUGGGUUUAUGGGCGCUUCAUGUGCUACUUUGUUUUCCUGAUGCAACCUGUCACCGUGUUUGUGUCUGUCUUCACCCUGACUGUCAUAGCUGUGGACAGGUACUGUGCCACGGUGUACCCAUUCCGCAGGAGGCUCACCAUCCCUAUCUGUGCUUACAUCCUGGCUGCUAUUUGGCUGCUGAGCUGCACUUUGGCUGCCCCAGCCUUGGUCCACACCUACCAUGCAGAGUUCCCAGAGCUGGACUUCUCCAUCUGUGAGGAGUUUUGGUUUCACAUGAAAAGAGAUCGCUUGGCUUACGCUUACAGCACCCUCAUCAUCACCUAUGUAUUGCCUUUGGCUAUCAUCUCCCUGUCCUACCUGAGGAUCUCAGUCAAGCUGAAGAACCGUGUAGUCCCAGGCAAUGUCACUCAGGGCCAAGCUGAGUGGGACCGUGCCAGGAGGAGAAAGACUUUUCGUUUGCUGGUCUUAGUGGUGGCAGCCUUUGGAGUCUGUUGGCUGCCCCUGCACAUCUUCAACAUGAUAAAGGACAUUGACAUCAGCUUGAUUGACAAGCAGUACUUCAACUUCAUCCAGCUGCUGUGCCACUGGUUUGCAAUGAUGUCUGCUUGUACCAAUGCCUUCCUCUAUGCCUGGCUCCAUGACAGCUUCAGGGGAGAGCUGAAGAAAAUGUUCGCCUGGAGAAAGAAGAAAAUUGGACCCGCUACAAACUGCAUUAUGGCCAGUGUGGUGCUGUAA